CUAGCGGCUUCUAUUGAUAAAGAUGUGGGGCUAAAUUAUAAAUUUUUUUUCAAUUAAAAAAAAAAACAAAAACUACUUAUCUAAGUUAUCACCAAUUUAAAUGCAAUGACAUCCUACAGGCACUGACCUAAUAAAGCAGGUGAUUAAAUGAAAGCAGUGUAGAGUGCAGUGCUGGUCUCAAAAGUUCCAAGGGCCCAAGAUCUCAGUCCAUUGCUAGAGGUCAGGACACUCUACCAAUUUUUUUCCUUUGUAUCCCGAGAACCUAGCACAGCUCUUUGCACUUACACUCGAACAUUGGUCUGAGUUUUUCCCUUACUUGACUCUAGGGUUCUAUUUUCAUGCCCCAGAGGCCUUUUAGUACUUUGUAUUUACACUUCUGUGUACCUUUAACAUUUGCACUUCCUUGUUGUCUUAGAAUGAAUCUAAGAUUCCCUUCCUAUUAGGGAACAAUCUUCACUUGCAGAGAGAAGCCUCCCAAGACGCCCCACACUUACACUGUGGAUGCCGAACAAAGAUAGGAUUACGUAUUAAAAAGGUCUCAAUGACUUUUAUUUUUUAUUUAAAGGACUUUGAGGAAGGUUAUCAAAUUAGGGAGCAGCCCACAUGAAUGUUUGGAGUUUGGGCAGGGACAGGGUUUGGUGACUGGGAGAGUCUGGGCGCACCGACUAGAAGAGAGAGUUAGUCUGGAAGACAAGACUUUCACUUUAGGCCUGAGUUGUUACCCAGUGACUAGCAGCUUUGCCGGGUCCGCACAAAAGAGAAAUGAGGCAUUUAGGGGUUUGAGUAUUUGAGUGCUGUCCCGGGCCUAGACGAGGUGCCGCGCCCUCCUCUCCCGGGAUCGCCGCGGAGCCGAAGGAAAGGAAGCCCCUUGGACAGAAAUCUGCUGUUAACCAGAUCCUCCACCGGCCACCCGGGUUGGCUCAAAGGGAGCUGUAAUGGGAGCGCCCGCCGCGGAGAUAACUACUAGGAUACCACCCAGAAAGCUUUUCGAGGUAGCAAAGUACAACCUAAUCUAGUGGCUCUGCUAGGUACCCAUGACGUAAUGAAGCGCAGUCCGCCACGUGACCCAAGCGUGGUCAUGCCAUAUGACCCAAGAUGGCGGUCCCGAAAUCGCUGUGAUAGUUGCUGUGGGCGGGCGCCAUAGGAAAAGAACUGGGAAAGCGCGCCCCCCAACCCCCUCCUCCCUAGGGGAGCGGGGAGAGGCUGGGGCAACGGCCGAAAGAAAAAAGAUGGAAAGUGGUGCAGUUCUACUACAGUCCAAAUCAUCGCCAAUUAAUCUUUUGAAUGAAAUGCACCAAUUACGUCUUCUUGGUCACUUGUGUGAUGUGACUGUUAGUGUGGAAUAUCAAGGUGUACGAGAAGAAUUUGUGGCUCAUAAAGCUGUACUGGCAGCCACAAGCAAGUUUUUUAAGGAGAUGUUCCUUAAUGAAUCGAACAUGGAUGGAACAAGGACAAAUGUAUAUUUAAAUGAAGUACAAGUUGUUGACUUUGCUUCUUUCCUUGAAUUUGUCUAUACUGCAAAGGUCCAGGUAGAAGAAGACCGUGUGCAGAGAAUGUUGGAAAUGGCUGAAAAACUUAAGUGUUUAGACUUAUCUGAAACUUGUUUUCAGUUAAAGAAACAAAUGUUGGAAUCUGUACUUUUAGAGCUUCAGAACUUUUCAGAGUCUCAGGAGCCAGGAGAGAAUAAUAACUCUCAAAAAAAUGAUGUUCUACUUGAUUCUAAGGCUAGUAUAAUGGUAGAAGUCCCUAACACUGAUAGCCUUUCUGAUUCUUCAGAUUAUCCUGUCGAAAGAAAUAGCAAUGGUUUAAUACCACAGACACCACUGAGAAAGUCAAAGGACAAAGUAGAUAAGAAAAAAGAAGUUAUGAAACCUCCCUAUCCUAAAAUUAGAAGAGCUAGUGGAAGGCUGGCUGGGAGGAAGGUAUUUGUGGAAAUCCCUAAGAAGAAAUAUACAAGGAGACUCAGAGAACAGCAAAAAAGUGCUACAGAUGAUGUUGGGGAGAACAAAUCCCCAGAAGACCAAAGCAUACUGGAUGUGGAAAUGGUUAUAGAGCCAGUGUCAAAAAAUGUGGAGCCAAAGAAUGAGGAAAGUGAUGCCGGCUUUGAGUUAGAGGAAGCUUUGAAAAAAGCUGAGGAAGAAGAUGAUAAGAAAAAGAGCAAUUUUAAGUGUACCACUUGUGAAAAGGAGUUUCUCUAUGAGAAGAGUUUCCUGAAACACAUCAAACACAAUCAUGGCAUUGCUGCUGAAAUAAUUUAUCGCUGUGAUACGUGCAGCCAGACAUUUGCCAACCGCUGUAAUUUGAAGAGUCAUCAGCGUCAUGUUCAUAGCAGUGAGCGCCAUUUCCCUUGUGAACUCUGUGGAAAAAAAUUCAAGAGGAAAAAAGAUGUUAAAAGGCAUAUUCUUCAGGUUCAUGAAGGUGGUGGGGAGCGCCAUCAGUGCCAGCAGUGUGGCAAAGGCUUGAGCUCCAAAACAGCUCUGAGGCUUCAUGAACGAACUCACACAGGGGACAAACCAUAUGGGUGCACUGAGUGUGAAGCUAAGUUUUCUCAGCCUUCUGCCCUGAAAACACACAUGAGAAUUCAUACUGGUGAAAAACCUUUUGUCUGUGAUGAAUGUGGUGCAAGAUUCACUCAAAACCACAUGCUGAUAUAUCAUAAAAGGUGUCAUACAGGGGAAAGACCUUUUAUGUGUGAAACAUGUGGCAAAAGUUUUGCUUCUAAGGAGUAUUUGAAACAUCAUAAUCGGAUUCACACAGGAUCUAAACCCUUUAAAUGUGAAGUUUGCUUCAGAACAUUUGCACAGAGGAAUUCACUUUACCAGCAUAUUAAAGUCCAUACAGGUGAACGUCCAUAUUGUUGUGAUCAGUGUGGUAAGCAGUUCACACAGCUUAAUGCCUUGCAGCGUCAUCAUCGCAUCCACACAGGAGAGAAGCCAUUUAUGUGCAAUGCAUGUGGGCGCACCUUCACUGACAAGUCCACUCUCCGGCGGCACACUUCCAUACAUGAUAAGAAUACACCGUGGAAAUCUUUCCUUGUUAUUGUAGAAGGUUCACCCAAGAAUGAAGAUAGCCAUAAAACUGAACAAAUGGAUGAAGACUAUCCAUCACCCAAAAUAUCUGAAAAGCUGCUCUCAUUUGCAGAAAAUGGCCACUUUCAAAAUUUGACUGCAGUCCAAGGAGCUCUGACUGCUUUACAUGAAAACAGUCCUACAGAUUUAGACUGUAAAUCAGAUGAUCCUGUAGUCCCCCAGGAAGCCCUCAUAGCUACCACAUUAAGUGAUCUUACAGUACUUCAUACACAGACAGACCCAAUUCAACCAUCACUUCAUGCUUUGUCAAACAUAGAAUGAUUGCCUCAAGUGUUUGCUGAGAAAAUCCAAAAUAGGAGAGACUUCUUUGAACACAUUGCCUGUGCUCAGAACCAUGCCAGUAGCAUAGACGUAAAAUUUCCCUUGGGCACAAAAGAAAAAAUGGGCUUUUAUGAAUGAUAUCCUCAGAUUUUCCUGAAAUCCAUGGUACUUGCACAUCUUUAGCAAAACAUUUUUAAAAAUCUCAGUUUUCAGACCCUGAUCUGCAUGAUGUUGUUGACUACACUUUCCUCAACAAUUAGAAUUCUACUUUGAGUAGAUCUGUUGUUUUUAUUGUAAGGCUUGAUUCUUAUUUUUUAAAAACAUUCAGAUAAGCUCUUUUGAACCUAGUUUUUUACCCAUUAUCAAUUCACUCUCUUAAUUUUUUGUUACUAUAUCCUUUGUAAUCUUCUCAUUGCCUCAAUCCACACCAGCCUUCUGUAAAAUUAUAUUUAUGUGAUAAUCUUAGGAUAUUUUUCCAGUUGAGUUGAUUCCUUGAUGAAAUAAUGUUGGGACCAUAUUUUGCCAAGUGUCUUCCCUGAUUAAUCAAGCCAAAUAAUUGAAGCGUUAGGAUCAUUGUAAUGAGACCCUUUUUCAUAUUGAAAAAGUUUAUUAUUGAGCUCAUUUUUAGUAUCACUUAGGCACAGAAAAGGACCAAUUAAGAAUUUUUAAUCAUAAAUCCAAUAAUAUCUCUUCAUUGGCUCUACAAAUAAGAUCACACACAUCUUGUCAUUUCUGAAAGUCCAAGCCUAAUUGUUACCAAAGAAUCCAGCAGUAGUUCAGUUUUUGUGACAAGGUGCUAAAAGAUUAUGCAAGAAUUUGAGAGUUUGUUGAUGACUAUAGUAGCUUUAUUCUUCUGGCAAAAUGUAGUGUUUGUGUAAAUAUUUGGAGUUCAUUGUAGUAGCUUUGACUACUACUAAAUUUUCCCACCUUCUGAUUUAUUGCUACUUUUGGAUAGAGGCAUAAUUAUCCAGACUUUAUUAUUUAAAAUCAGAAUUUUCUUAUGACAAGCACAUAUUAUAGAAUUCCAAACAUAUGCUUACUUGAGAUGUUCUAAAUGGUCACAACUCUAAAUUUUUAGUACUAGGUUGUAUUUUGGUAAUUAAAAGAUUUCAGCAGGUAUUUAAAAUUCCCUGUGUAAUUAUAUUCAUUGAACUUUAAAGAAUAAUGCUUGUUUUUAUCUCGUGGUGUCCCUUGAAAAGUCUCUUUUGUGGCACAUGCUGCUGGUAUUCUUUUAACUAACAAAACAAACAUACUUUUGUCCAAUUUGAGCUCUGAUUAAAGUUCGUUUUUUGAAUUUGCUGUAUUUUGGUGAAAAGCUUUGGUUCAAAUAUGGUCCUUAGCGAAAAUCCAUAUGUUCAUGUCAAAUAUUUUAACCUAUCCCUUGUGUUUCCUCUAAAUGUUAUUUUGCUAAAUUUUCUAUGAACAAAAAUUGUAUGGGGGAGAUUGUAUUUUGUUUUCAAGAAAUCACUGGAAAGUGCUUUAUGAAAGGUUUCUCUGGAAAAAAAGUCUUUUCUCUUUUGGGCAGUAAUUUGACCAUUUCUUAUACUAGUUCACACAUUUAAUCUAUUUUUAGUAAAAUAAUCACAGUGACUUGAGUUUCACCAUUACAACUACAAUUUAAAAAAUUACAUUCUAGCUCUGUAUCCAGAGUAAAAAAUUGGUUUCAGCUUUUUUAAAAACUUUUUUUUUUUUUUUUUGGAGAGGAAAAACCUAUAUACUUAAUCUGCUUUUUCUUGGAAAAAAAAAGUCACUCAGAAAGAAUUUGGAUGCUAGAUUUUUAUUUAAUGAUUCGUUUGAUGGUCUUAAAUUUUUGUAACUUUUUAAGGAACAAUAAAAUUUUACCUGUUCAAUCUUUUGAUGAAUGUUUACUUUAAGUUCACUGUGCUAUAAUUAUUAAAUUCUUUAUAUCCAAUAUUUUAAUGAAAUCUAGACUCAGAUAAAACCUGAGUAGUUAUUGUGACUAAAGCACAAUCAAUUAUCUUUAAUUGUGUAAACAAUUUAUAAAAUGAAUGGUUAUGUAAGCUAUUUUGUGGUAUACUGUUGAAAUUAAAAUACUUUUAUAAUAUAUAUUUUAUAUGUUAAAAAUAGCGGUUUUUUAAAUAAUUUAAUUCAACUGUAUAAAUUGUUAAUCUAUUUCUAUACUGAUAAUCACAGUAUUGUCAGAAAAUUUUUUGAAACUGAUGUAGAAAUUACAUUUUAAUUAUGUACAUAUGUACAUAAUACAUUUUAUUAUGAUAGUACAAUAUCUAAUAUUGAGAAAUCUUGGUUAAUGUAACUAUCAUAACUCUAAUUAGUUAGCAGUUAGUAAGGAUUCCAACAUCAACUUCACCUUAUUAGUAUUGAUAUUGCUGUUUGAAGCAAUACUGAAGUUUGUGGGAAUUAUAUAUAAAAAACAGGAAGAGUGCUAUAUUUGUUAAUAUAAAUUCUUAGAGUGAGUUUUCUACUGUUCUAUAUGUAUGUAUAGUACAUCCUAUUAUAGGAUGUAGUUGAGAACUGAGGAAUCUUUAGUGUUCUAUAGGAAUCUCAAACUCAACAUUUCCAAAACUGAUGUCAUCAGUUUGCCUCCCCUCCAACAUUAUUUCAUCAGGAUACUAUCCACCAUCUUCCACUUAACCAAGUUCAAAAUCUUGAUACAAUUAUCAGAUAUGUUGAGGGAGGAAAAGAAUUGUCAACUCCCCUCAAUUUUCACAUUUUUUGCAUCCUUUCCCUUUUAUACUACUAUUCAUCUGGAGUAUCAAUUUCAAUCUGUUUCUGCAUUCUGUAGUCUUUUCCUUCAUAAAUCCUAAUAACUACCUGUGUUGAUUUUGAAAGGUUGGUUUGUCAAUUUUAGGGAAGAGAACCUAAGGAAUAAAUUAUUUUUAGGACCUUUAUUUAAAGAGAACUUUUAAGUAACCAACCAAAAGUUCAUGGGCAUAACUAGGAUGGCCUUUGAGACUGUCAUAGGAAGAAUGAUCCUGAAGAAACAGGAUGAAACAAUAAGGGCAUUAGUUAUAUUCAAAGAUCGAAAAAAGCUAUAAUUUGAAGGAUUAGAUCAAUUGGACCUAUCCAAAAAGGAUUCUGGGCUUCCAUGAGAAGAGGUAAUAGAUAUUCCCGUCAUUAAAUAUUUUCAAGCAAAAGCUGAGUAUGUUGCUUGUUAAGGCAUGGGUUGGACCAAAUAACCAUUAGCAGCUAAGUGGCACAGUGGAUAGACUGCUGAACAAUCAAGUCAGGAAUAAUGAAGUUCAACAUUUAUUUAGCAGUGUGACUGAGCAAUUCACCUAACUUUAUCUUAUUCCUCACCAGUAAAAUGACCUGGAAAUACCAGGUUUCUUUGCCAAGAAAACCCCAAAUGGGGUUAUAGAGUCAGAACUCAAACUUUUCCAACUAUGAUCUUGAAAAUAUACAGAAUUCCAAACUCCUUUAUAACAUACUCCCAUAGAAAAAGGGAAGAUGGGAAUAAGCAUUUAAGUAAACACUUAAUACCUCACUUUAUCUUCACAGCCACAUUAGUAGAAACUGAAGCAGGUGGAGUGCCUUACUCAGGGUAACAAGCUAACGUAUUUGAGGUAAGAUUUGAAUUCAGGUCUUCCUGAUUCCAGGCCUAGUGCUUUGUCCAUUGUGCCAUUUAGCUGCCAUGUAAAUGACAAAAGUAUUUUGUUAUACUCCACUGAAUGAGCACUAAAAGCAGUAGGUACAUCAAUUGAUGCAUUUUCUGGACAACUGAAAACAAAUUAGUUAUUUUUCUUUAUUUUAUGAAUACUUUUCUAUAUUUGUUAUUAACAUUCCUUAACAUUCUAAAGACUUCAAAUAAAAUGUGCUUCUAUCUAUAAGGACUAGAUGCUUCAAAUUGUGCCUGUGCUUAAUUGCUUCAAACUGUUGUUGUAAAAACUAAUUCUACAUUUAUUUUUAUUGGUUAUAUUGCUUAUAAUAAUCUUUUCCAUUUAUAGUAUCAGAAGAAUUGAUCAAAUGUUUAGAGAGCUUAUGAAAAAUGUGUUUUUGGAGAAAAAUAAAAUUUUAUUUUUGCAUGUA